ACUGUAACAAGGACAAAAGAAAGAGAGAAAAUAAAAGAGAUAUAUAGAGAGAAAACGUGAAUAGAGAGACCACUGUACUUAUUGGGUUUUGAUGUUUGAUGGCUCCACUGAGUCCAAGAGUAGUGGUGAAGGUGGAUUUGAAGAAGAAGCCAUGGCAGCAGAACCAGCCACUGCACAAUAGAUGGCAUCCGGAGAUACCACCAGUAGCAGAGGUCAAGGCUGGUGAGUUUUUCCGGGUGGAAAUGAUUGAUUGUAUGGGAGGUGUUGUCAAAGACAAUGACUCUGCAAGCGAUAUCAAGAACGCAGACCUAACCACUACUCAUCACCUAAGUGGGCCGAUUAGAGUUGUGGAUGAGGAUGGUGUUGCAGCUAUGCCAGGUGAUCUUCUUGCUGUUGAGAUAUGCAACUUAGGUCCUCUUCCAGGAGAUGAAUGGGGAUUCACUGGUUCGUUUGAUAGAGAGAAUGGUGGCGGUUUCUUGACUGACCAUUUCCCUUGUGCGACCAAAGCUAUUUGGUACUUUGAAGGGAUCUAUGCCUACUCUCCUCAAAUUCCUGGAGUACGAUUUCCGGGUUUGACACACCCAGGAGUCAUUGGCACCGCGCCAUCGAUGGAACUCCUGAGAAUAUGGAAUGAAAGGGAAAGACAAUUAGAAGAAAGUGGUCUCAAGUCCCCAACACUAUGUGAGGUUGUGCAUCAACGGCCAUUGGCAAACCUACCAACAGCUAAAGGAUGCCUCCUAGGGAACAUUGAAGAAGGAACACCGGAAUGGGAAAGGAUUGCAAACGAGGCUGCGAGGACGAUACCAGGAAGAGAAAACGGAGGAAACUGUGACAUUAAAAACCUAAGCAGAGGCUCUAAAAUAUAUCUUCCAGUGUUUGUAGAAGGGGCUAAUCUAAGCACAGGAGACAUGCAUUUCUCGCAAGGUGAUGGUGAGAUCUCAUUCUGUGGGGCCAUCGAGAUGAGUGGAUUUCUAGAACUCAAGUGUGAAAUCAUAAGGAAUGGGAUGCAAGAAUACCUUACGCCAAUGGGACCGACCCCGCUCCAUGUAAACCCAAUCUUUGAGAUAGGGCCAGUUGAACCGAGAUUCUCAGAAUGGCUUGUCUUCGAAGGUAUCAGUGUCGAUGAGAGCGGGAGACAACAUUACCUGGAUGCAACAGUUGCUUACAAACGGGCAGUUCUCAACGCCAUAGACUAUCUCUUCAAAUUUGGUUACUCAAAAGAACAGGUGUACCUCUUGCUCUCAUGUUGUCCAUGUGAAGGAAGACUAUCUGGGAUAGUUGAUUCUCCAAAUGCCGUUGCUACACUAGCAAUACCUACAGCCAUCUUUGAUCAGGAUAUUCGGCCAAAGACUCGGAAGGUUCCAGUAGGACCUCGGAUAGUGAGGAAACCAGAUGUACUGAAGAGCACAUAUGAUGGAAAGCUUCCAAUUACAAAGAAUCCAAGUUCUUCGACAAGCUACUAGAAAUCAUUUAUGUAGAGAAGCAACUAUCUAGACAGUAUAAUUUACUAAUCAGACAUGUUUUGAAAUAAAGAGAGAAAUGGUUUCUUUUUCUUUGUUGGAAAUUCCACAUCAAGAAACUCUAAAAAUUGGAAGGUAAUGAAAUGCGUCCUAAAUCUUUAUAUGCA